UAAACCUGCACUGCUUGUUUUUUGAGUUUUGUGACUUGUGUCUUAUUCUUUAUUAUUAAUUUUUUGAAUCCUUUAUUGUUUGCGUUGUCUUGUGUUAAAUUUUCUAAGCGCUUGUGUGCCCGAAUUCUUCAAUAAUCAAGAAGCAGUACAAAGAAACCGUGUUGAAUUUUGUUGUUUGUCGUGUUUGGUUUCUGUUUGAAUUUAUUGACUGUUGGAUUUUGGAGUAGCUUCUUGAAAAUAUUCGUUUUUCGAGUUCUGCUGCUCUGCUGGUUUCUUGAUCACACUAAUUAUUGCAUCGAUAUUAGUCCUUAUCUGGAAAAUAUCUGCGGACCGUGGAUUGAUAGUGUACCGUCAUGAACGCCAGUAUUUCGUCGCUGUUUCGAGGUCUGCAGCUGUGCAGACCACAUCUGGUCCCUAGUCGGACGUCCGUGCGCUAUUACGAAUAUCUGGAAUUUGAGAAAGUCACUAGCAACAAUAUUCCUAAGGAAGCCGUCAUGCAGUCCAAAGGGGCCUAUCAGACGGAGAAAGGACGCAUUUAUGAUAAGAAACCCUUUAAAUGCUGCCUGGAACCCGGAAAAAAGUAUUCAUGGUGCUCCUGCGGCUACAGUCACAAACAGCCCUUUUGUGAUGGUGCGCACAAAAAACCCUACAUUAACUCCAGUUUACGUCCCGUGAAAUUCGUCGCCACGGAAGCCAAAGAAGUAUGGUUUUGCAAUUGCAAACAGACCAACACGAAACCCUUUUGCGAUAAGUCCUGUGAUUUACCACUGGUGCAGGAAGCCAGGACGAACUGAAUUAUUUUUAUCGGUGUGGCUCAGGUUGGAUAUUAUGUGUAAAGGCUACAAUUUUUUUGAUCCGUUUUAUUGUUGCAUUUAUUGGAAUUUUUGAAUACGUACUUGAAUAAAAAUGCAUUUGUUUCGGUGGUGCUUGCGAGAAAACACAAUAUAUCUCGAUUCUCAUGGUGAAAAAUCACAAUAAAAUGUAAAUC